GUUUUUGCCGGAACAGGAAACCUCUCCACGGGUGGAGGCGUGCGGCUGGCGUUGCACGCAGGCGCUGCGGGGCUGGCAGGUGUGCGGCGUGUGCACCUCGAAAGUGAUGGAACUCGGCACGAGCGCCCCCGGGUAGCGCCGGUGAGGCUGCGGGGCCUGGCCCGGGCAGCCAUGGGUCUCCUUCGCCUGCUGGUUCUGGCGAUGCUGGCGUCCAAACCCGGUGUGACCGGUGGAGCCGAGGCCGUCGGGAACGACAGCGAGGGUCUUCUUGAAUUUUCUGUAGGGAAGUUUAGAUACUUCGAGCUCAACAGGCCCUUUCCAGAGGAUGCCAUUUUGCGUCAUAUUUCCAGCAAUGUGUCUUUUCUUAUUUUCCAAAUACACUCACAGUAUCAGAAUACAACAAUUUCUUUUUCUAAGACUCUCCUUCCCAAUACCUCAGGGACAGGCACUGACAAAGGACUGGUUUUCAUUCUUAGACCAGAGCAGAGUAUGUGCACUUUGUACUUGCAGACUUUAGAUGCUGAGCCUGUCCAAAACAUGGCCAUUCCACUCUCCUAUUCAGAAAGAGAUCCUAUCCCUGGAGGCUGUAAUUUGGAGUUUGAUUUAGAUAUUGAUCCCAACAUUUACUUGGAGUAUAAUUUCUUUGAGACAACUAUUAAAUUUGCCCCAGCAAACCUUGGCUAUGCAAGAGGCACAAAUCCUCCGCCAUGUGACAUUGGGAUGGAACGGGACUCUAGGUGGAGGUUGCUGUAUGAUGUCUAUCAGUAUUUUCUGCCUGAGAAUGACCUCACCGAAGAGGGGUUGCUAAAGCAUCUGCAGAGGAUGGCCGAGGUGCCUCAGGUGAAGGCCAAUGCUAUCAAGGUGGUUACCCUCACAGCUAAUGAUAAGACAACUGUUUCCUUCUCCUCCCUCCGAGGACAAGGUGUCAUUUAUAACGUUGUUGUUCGGGAUCCGUUUCUAAAUACAUCCGCUGCUUAUGUUCCUGCUCAUACAUAUGCUUGCAGCUUUGCGGCCGUGGAGGGUAAUUGUUCUUCCCUUGGAAGAGUGUCAACCAAAGUGUUCUUCACCCUUUUUGCCCUGCUUGGUCUCUUCAUUUGUUUCUUUGGACACAGAUUCUGGAAAACAGAAUUGUUUUUCAUAGGCUUUAUCUUCAUGGGACUCUUCUUCUACAUACUGAUUACAAGACUGACACUUAUUAAAUACGAUGUUCGUCUGAUUCUGACAGCCGUCGCUGGAAGCGUUGGUGGGAUUUUCUUGGUAGCUGCUUGGUGGCGAUUUGGAAUCCUCCUGCUCUGCAUGCUGUGUGUUGGAUUAGUGUUGGGCUUCCUCGUCUCCUCAGUGAUGUUCUUCGCUUUCCUGGGGAACCUAAAGAUUUUUCAUGAUGAUGGUGUGUUCUGGGUGACCUUCUCCUGCAUAGCUGUCCUCAUUCCAGUAGUUUUCAUGGGCUGCUUAAGAAUACUGAACAUACUGACUUGUGGACUCAUUGGCUCCUACUCGGUGGUCUUGGCCUUUGACAGUUACUUGUACACAAGCCUUUCUCAUAUCACUCUGAAUGUACUCAAGAGAGCACUCAACAUGGAUUUCCACAGAGCUUUCACAAAUGUGCCUUUUCAAACUAAUGACUUUAUUAUCCUGGCAGUAUGGGGGAUGCUUGCUGUGAGUGGAAUCACGUUACAGAUUCGAAGAGAAAGAGGGCGACCAUUUUUUCCUCCCCACCCAUACAAGUUAUGGAAGCGAGAGAGAGAGCGCAGAGUAACAAACAUCCUGGACCCUAGCUACCACAUCCCUCCAUUGAGAGAGAGGCUCUAUGGCCGAAUAGCCCAGAUCAAAGAGCUCUUCCAGAAGGAACAGCCAGCCGGAGAGAGAACACCCCUGCUUCUGUAGAUGCCAAAGGGGGUUGGUCAGUGUGGUCUCGAAGUACUGCCCAGGCGUUGCCUCAGCUUUGGUGUGUAUGCCCAGCCUGCUGCAGCAGUCUCCGGUGCAACUCUGAUAAGAACAGAGGCGUAUGUAUGUGUGCUUUGCACAGUUUCACGGUGUCCUUAUUGAUAUGUUCUCAAAAGGUACCCUUCUUUUGUUUAUUUUUAAUUGUGGUAAAACACACAUUUACCAUCUCAAUCAUAAAGUAUAUAAGUUCAGUAGGCACUUUGUUUUUGUCCUUUAUUGCUUACAAUGCUAAUUUAAAUACUAAAUUAUGUCCGUUAUUUGAAAAUAGGGUGAUUUACAUAGAUCAGAUAUGGAUAUAACGGCCUCGGGUUUUUUCUUUAAAGGCCUUUUAAAAUAGUGUUGACCUCUGAUCUCUAAAAUGUGUUUGAAUUUUUUUUUUUUUAAGGAAACCGAUUGGCGCCUACCUUAAUCUGUAGUCCCUUUAGUAAGGAAACCUUUUAACAUUUGCAUUUUGUAGUUCUUUCUGCUAACUUGGUUGUUACUAGCAUUGAUGUAAAAAUAGUGUCAAAAAUUUUCUCUUUUGUGUGAAGACUUUGUACCAUCUAUAUUUUAGUGAUGAGGAGGGAGGGGGUCAAAAAGGAUUAAAGAAUUUAAAGGAGCUGAUUUUAAUCAGGUUCUUGGAUUCUGUAAGGAAAGUUCCUUCCAUUUUGACCCUCCCCCCCGCCCCGCCCCAAGCAAGCACCUCGAUGCCCUAGGCUGCGUACCCACUCCUCACGGCAUCUGGUUCUGCCUUGGAUCGGAAGCUGGUGACUCUGACACAAUGAGUAACAGUGAGGGUAGUUGUGGUGGUUGCAUACGCAUUUGUGAGUUAACCACUAUUUAAACGAUGCUGCUUUUAAGAGUUUUUUCACAGCACGAUAGAUUUUUGGAGUUUUAGGUAACUGGAAAAUUUUCAGCUUUUGCAUUUGUUUUGGAAAGGCUGAAGCAUAUAAAACUAAACAUACAGAGAGCGAAAACAUACAAAACUAAUCAUUUUUGCAUUGCAGAAUUACACACAGGUGUUUACUAUUAUGUAACCCUGUUUAUAUAACUUCAGUAACACUUAAACUUGAAUUUUUUUUUUAAUUACUGUAGGGAUUGUGGCUUCUGCCGUAUCUUUGUACAUUCUGACAAGUUAUAUGGAAUGUUUGGGAGUUAUUUUCUGUACCAUCAAAAUGUACUGCCACUAAAGACUGUAAAGACAGAGCACACUUUUUUGGAGGAUUGAGACAAAUUACUUAAAAAAUUUUCAUAAUUUGUGAGUCAUAAAAUGCCAGUUUGUGUCAUUUUUUUAAAUAAUAAAUACCUAUUUUGAAGAAAAAUGCUAAAAAGUCUCAUUAUUAUUCUUAACACAUUUUUUUUUUCUCACCAACUGUAUUUGUACCGUAGCAGUGAAGACAUGACAGAAGUGUCAUAGGUAUAAAAUUACUUAAUCUGGAGAAUUAAAUCUUUAUUUAAAAAAUUUGGUUUAAGCCUAAGCGAAAUACUAGGAAAUGAAGGAAAUCUGUGGCAGUGUGUUAAAUUUAUAUCCCUUGUUAGAAGGAAAGCUGACGUCUUUGGUGGGCUGAUUUGUGUUGGUUAUUAGCACUUCAGGUUUGUGUAACUGAAGAAAGGUAGUAGUAUUACCAGAAAAUUAUACUAUUCCUUAAAUGUUUUGGUUCUGACCAAUCUGUUAGAGGUUAGCUACCAGGUUGCUAAAUCACAGCAGCUAACUCGUGCCAUGGAUCAGUAGAUCUAUAGAAGGUUGGGAUAGAAAAUUGAUUCUUCCAAGGAAAUUGCUAGACUGUUAGACCAGAAACAGACCUUAGAGAUCAUCUUACUUGGUC